AUGCGUUUCUCUACGCUUGCCGCGGGCUUCGCAGCCAUCGCCUGCGUCGCUGCCGAAGAUCUCCUCUUCUUGGACCAGUUAGUUGGGAACGAAGAAGAGCAUGCUGUUGCCCUCGGGUUCACCACUAAAGUGGUCACUGAAACGGACUGGCGUGCCAUGAAGACCACUGACUUUGCAACCUUCAAAGCCAUCAUCAUUGGUGAUCCUUUCGGGUCAAGCGAUGUGAGUCUGAUCCAGGUCCUGGCUGACACAAACACCACCUGGGGUCCUGCUGUCACAGGAAACGUCAUCAUACACGGUGCCGAUCAAUCUAAUCACGAUUCGUAUGGCGUGGCCGGGGCUGCCGUGCUCAUCGAAAACAGUAUCAAGUUUGCAGCUGCUGGGGUCUCUUCAUCCGGCACCUCUCAGACUGGAUUCUAUCUUUCUCUUUCGCAAUACUAUAACACAGCGGAAGUCGAUACCCCUGUACCAGCGCUGUCCUAUUUCGGCGAUUUCAAGGUCUUCGGUCAAGACAACAAUGGCGCAGGAGGGUACAAUGACAUUCAUAUCGUGGCCUCGUCUCCUGCCAUCGACACCCUUACCGACGCCGACCUUUCCAACUGGUCCUUCAGCACUCAUGAGGCCUUCUCGACAUAUCCGUCUGUGGGACAGAAUGGUUUCCAAGCCUUGGCAAUUGCAGACGGCGUCAUCACCACCGGCACGCAGACUUACGGUGAUGGCCAUUCCGGUCUGCCAUAUAUUCUGAGCCGUGGUGCAACUCCCGCCGGCUGUGGUGACGGCGUAUUUGAGCCCUCUCUCGGCGAAGAGUGCGAUGACGGCAAUGCCGUGGAUGGCGACGGCUGUUCCAAGAGCUGCAAGUGUGAAAGCGGCAUUGCCAAUGGUGAUGGUACCUGUGGCUCCGUCACAACCACUAGCAGUUCCACUACUUCUACCACGACCUUGACCUCUUCGACGCUGUCCUCAAGCACGACGACAACCUUCACAACAUCCGUCCUGACCACGACGUCCAAGACCUACACCAACACGACUACGUGGUCGACGAGCUCGAGGCCUCAAACUUCCAUCGUCAGCUCGAGUCCCACUACGACGGCCUCUCCGGUGAUAGCGACGACAUCAAAAAGAGUCUGGAGUGCCCCUCCCUACAUCACGCCUUCAGUUCCGCAGUCGAGGUGCAUUGGCAUUGAGGUCAUCGUGUCAGUGACAGAAAUCGAGCAGUGCAGCACCAUUGACGCUACCAGCACAAUCACCUACACCACCACGAGCGUGCUCUCAACCUACCAAAAACCUAUCUACAACACUCCUAUUUCGUCGAUGCCAUGUUACGUUUGUGCAUUCAAGUCACAGGGAAUCACCGUGACGGAUUUCAUCACGGCCACAACGACCCAUUGCCCGUCCAAACCCACGGCCAAUCCCGCAGUCAUCUAUCCUUGCUCGACAUGCCAGGGCACCAGCCUGACUGCAUCGUGUCCCUGGAAAGUCACACCGACGGGACCCCUCCAGCCAUACACUACGUAUGGGCCUGCCGAGCAUGAGCACGGUGAAGGACACCCACACAAUGCCGGCCACUCUGCUACAGUCGCUGCCACGGCGACCUUUUAUGGAGGUGCACCUGGUUCCUUGCCGCCAUUUGUCCCUGGAGGUCUGCCGGCGGCGUAUACUCUGGGAGGCGCUCCUCCUGCUGCUUACACCCCCAGCGUCUCUCCCGCCGCGUAUACCCCAGGUGGCUCCCCACCACCAUACACGCCAGGCGGCAAUCCUCCAGCAUACACACCUGGCAACACCCCCGUCGCAGCAGCAUCGACCAGCUAUGCGGUGAACGCGGCCUUCGCUACACCAGCGAGCUCCUCCUCCUCUGGCUGGGGUCCUUACACGACGUCGCCGGUGGCCGUCUACACGGGCGGUGCUGUCUCUCAUAGGUCUACCUGUGCCGUUGGAUUGUUGCUCGGAAUAGCAGGGAUCGUUGCUGUUGUCGCCAUCUAA